AUGCCAUCACCCGCAUCGACAAACGACAUGAAGGGGGCCGGUGCCAGCCCUAUCCUCAUUAUAGGAGCGGGUCUAUCUGGCCUUGCUGUUGGACGAUUGUUAAAAAACAAUGGCAUUGCCAACAUUGUUUUCGAAGCCUCUCCCCCGGAAUGUAGCCAGGGGUUUGCCAUUUCUCUGCACGACUGGGGCUAUUCUCCGUUACUAGAAGCCCUUGGUGGAUUGUCCCUCCGAAGCAUGACCAAGGCCGUUGCGCCGGACCGCUUCGUCGGCGGCAGUGGCUGGGUUGAUCUGGCGAUGCGCGAUAACACGACAGGGAAAGUGCUAGUCGCGCCUGAAACUAGCGCUCGUCCCACCGUUGUGCGGGCUAAUCGCAAUGCCCUACGAGCCUGGAUAGCUGAUUGUGGCAACGAAGAACUGGACGUGAGAUACCGGCAUAGGCUUAAAAGCAUCUCUGGGUCAGUCGGGAACAUGAGGGCCAUUUUUGAGAAUGGGGCCGAGUAUCAGGGCUGGCUGGUGAUCGCUGGUGAUGGCGUGCAUUCAGCAGUACGAUCACAGAUUCUUCCGCACAUCGUUCCCGAAGUGGUUCCCGCCGUGGUGUAUCACGGCGAGUUCCAGGUUUCACGAGACGACUUCGACCGCUUUGUAAGACCCUUGAGCGGCGACGCCAAUAUUUUAGCCGGGGUUGGCGAUGGCUUCAACACACCCAUCACCAUUUGCAACAUCGACAGGAAUCAAGUGUAUCUAGACUGGUCAUACUCUCGGCCAGCUCGUGGCGCAAAUGACAACUUGUUUUGCCCAGCUUCCAAGGCGACACACCGAACAAAUGAGCUUCCACAGGCACUAUUGGAUGAGCUAGCAUCUCUUAAGCUCGCUGAUCCAUGGGCACGAUAUAUUCAUCCCAAGGCCAUCAAACAACAUUCCGUGUUUCACUGGAUUAGCCGUUGCGUGAAUAUGACAACAGACGAGGCCCUUCGUGGUGCGCAGCUGGGGGUCGUCUUCGUUGGAGACGCAUGGCAUGCAAUGCCCAUCUUCGGCGGGGAAGGUGGAAACCAUGCGUUGGUAGAUAGCGUUGAGCUUGCGGCAGCUAUAUCUGGGAAAUCGAGCCUGGAGAGGGCUGUCGCAGCUUACUAUUCUGGUGUUGGAAGAAAACGUCAGGAUGCAGUUCGAAGAUCGAGGUCCCGCUUUUACGUACUGCAUCGAUCGAUGAAUGAGUGGCGAGAGAUUGCAGAGAAGCGGCGUCUUAAAUCGGCUGCCUGA